UUAGAGAUUGCAAUUAAAAGGGAAAACUUUGUGUGUGUUCUAUACAUUAAUACUUACUACUACAGCUGAAAGUUAUACCAUUUAAAUUACAAAAUGUCUUAUUCACUAGACGAAUACAAAUUAAGCUGUGAGCUAGUGGGUCACAGUAUGGAUGUACGUUCAGUAGCCACUGGAGAAUUUUACCCCGAAGUUGGUCAACCAAUUAUAUCGGGUUCCAGAGAUAAAACUACAAAAAUAUGGAAGCCUUUAGAUGAAAGCUACAUUGAAGGGGUUACAUUGCAGGAUCAUAAAAACUUUGUAUCCUGUGUGUAUUACCUCACACGGGAAGGUUGGUUGUGCACGGGCAGCAAUGAUGCCACAGUGUGUAUUUAUAAGGAGGACAGUUUGGUACCCAUGCUGACCUUAAAAGGCCAUGAAUCGACUGUGUGCUCUAUAUCGGACGGAAUUCAUGAGCAGACUUUGAUUACCGGCAGUUGGGAUAAAACCGCACGAGUUUGGUCUAUAGAUAUAGAAAAUGGAGGUAUUAAGUUUAUUGAGUUAAAGGGCCAUGAAGCAGCUGUGUGGGCCGUUACUUCUUUGACCGAAAGUAAACGGUUUGUCACCGCAUCGGCCGACAAGAACAUAAUCUACUGGAAUAAGAAAGGAGAAAAGUUACGCAUGCUCAAAGGUCACACAGAUUGUGUUAGAGGCUUAAUACCUUUAUGCACUGGUGGCCUUAUAUCAUGUUCCAAUGAUGCCAUUAUCCGUGUGUGGGAUGAAGAUGGUGAUUGUGUAAAGCAAUUGAGUGGUCAUACCAAUUAUAUUUAUGCUGUUGCUCAACAACAUAAAUUUUACAGCGAUUGUAUAGUAUCCUGUGGCGAAGAUAGUACCUUACGCAUGUGGAAUAUAACAACAGGACAAGAAGUAGGAGCCCCUCUAGUGCACCCAGCUCAAUCUGUGUGGUCGGUGGCUUGUCUCCAGAAUGGGGAUUUAGUUACGGGCAGCAGUGAUGGUGUGGUUAGAGUGUUUACCAAAAAUCCCAAACGUAUGGCCAGCGAACCAGUGCUGAAAGCCUAUCAGUUGGCCGUGGAAACGAGAAAACAACAAAUGUCUGAAGAACUUGGCGGUGUAAAAAAGACUGAUCUUCCGGGACCUGAAGCUUUACUUACCAAUGGCACACGAGAGGGUCAAACUAAAAUGGUUAGACAUGCGGAUGGUUCGGUUAAAUGUUAUAGUUGGGAAUUAGGAAAAUGGAAUUUAGUGGGUGAUGUUACGGGAGCUUCGGGAGGAUCCCAAGCUUCAUCUGGUAAAACCCUAUACGAGGGAAAGGAGUAUGAUUAUGUAUUCUCUGUGGAUAUUUCGGAUACAGAGCCUCCAUUAAAGCUACCCUAUAAUAGCGGUGAAGAUCCUUGGAUUGCUGCUCAAGCUUUUAUACAUCGCAACAAUUUACCUCAGGCUUAUUUAGACCAGGUGGCAAAUUUCAUUGUCAAAAAUUCCAGCAAUGCUCCUGUACAACCUACAGCUACAACUACAGGCUUUCAAGAUCCAUUUACUGGUGGCAAUCGUUAUGUGCCCGGCUCAAGCAAUAGCAACUUCCAAUCGCUGGGCAAUACUGAUCCAUUCACCGGAGGUUCUAGUUAUACCACCGCAGCCGCUAAUCAAGCAACACCAAAAGUGGAUGUGAAUUUUGUUAAAGGCGAUAAACAUUUUCCCGUUAGAGUAUAUUUAACAUUCGAUAAUUGUGAUGCUUCUAAAGUUUUGGAAAAACUCAAAGAAUUUAAUAAUAAACUGCCAGCAACCAACGAAAAAGUAUCUGAUAAUCUAUUAGAAUCUGUAAUAAGAUUAGCUGACGCCACACCGGAUGUUGAUCAAAUUGCUAUAGAGGCGUUGCUAAUACUGUUAAGAUGGCCAAGUGAAUUACUUUUCCCCGUCAUUGACAUUGUCCGUCUGGCCGUACGCAGUGAAGCGGUGUUUUCCGUUUUGAAUUCUAUGAAUUUUAUAGACCCUCUACUUCAACACUUAACAACUUCGGCACCCAAUCAACUGAUGAUUAUACGUUGUCUGGCCAACAUUAUGAAACAUGAGACGGGCAGGCAACAAGUCGACAAACGUUUGGUAGCAUUAAUCGAGCACAUUAAUGGCAUAAAAGCGGGCAGUAAUAAUUUACAAAUCGCUAUAGCAACAUUCUAUUUAAAUCUAACCAUAACUCAGACCACAUCAGUGGCAAAUGGUGAAAAGUGUCGCAUGGUCACCGAGGGUUUGGUGGAGUUUCUAAAGUGGGCCAUCGAUUUGGAGGCCUGCUAUCGAUCUAUGCAGGCUAUAGGCAAUUUAACUACCACACCUUUUGGCCAGGAGUCCUCUGCUUUAGUCAUAUCGGUGGACUAUGUUAUGGACAAAUUACGAGAACUAACGAACACACCACAGGCUGGUGUAUUUGCUAAAAUCAAUUCUGCUGGCACAGCAUUAUUAGCGGCAUUCUAAAUGCAGCUCUCUCUAUAAAAAAUAAAAGAAAAUGAGAAAAUAAUAAUAAAACUAAUAAUAAAUAGCUUUUUGAAUAAUUUUUUUCCAAUAAUCAUUUUAUGCCCAUAUUAAACAUCAACAUUAUAAUAUAAUCAUCUUAUUAACUUGGUUUAAAUUAAAUAAAAACAAAUUAAAAUACA